GUCGCAAUUACAAUAAUUCGCCGCAAGAACUGAAGAGCUCAGAAAGAGUGGGAGGAGAAACCACGUGAAAUUUCAACAGUCGGACCUCAAUCCAUCAACUAAUCUAUCUCCGCGCGCCAGCUCUCUCCUGGUACUGAAAUUGUUCUCCUCAGUCUCAAAUCCGAAGAACAAUGAGAAGACGACCUGGAAUUGGAGGCUUACAGAACGCCGCUACAGCUAGGGAUCAAUAUCGGUUGCUGGGCGAAAAUGUAGCCAAGAUUAGAACUGAUUUAAUGAAGGAGCAGCUGGCCACGUUUCGCUCCCAGCUUGAAGAAUUCGCUCGCAAACACAAGAAUGAUAUACGGAAGAACCCGGCGUUCAGAUCGCAGUUCCAUGAAAUGUGUGCGAAAGUAGGAGUGGAUCCUUUGGCCUCCAACAAGGGUUUCUGGGCUGAGCUCUUGGGGAUCGGUGACUUCUACUAUGAACUCGGAGUACAAAUUGUUGAUAUUUGCUUGGCAACAAGACCCCACAAUGGAGGCUUGAUAAACCUGCAGGAACUCUGUAAUGUGCUUCGUCAGAGACGGAAAAGUGACCGUGGAGCUGUUUCUGAGGAUGACUGCCUCCGUGCUAUAAGCAAGCUGAAGGCAUUGGGUAGUGGUUUCGAGGUGAUAUCUGUUGGAAAGAAAAAGCUUGUUCGAUCUGUUCCAACUGAGCUGAACAAAGACCACAAUGAGAUUUUAGAGCUGGCUCAGGCUCAAGGCUUUGUGACCGUUGAUGAAGUCGAGAGACGGCUCUCUUGGACCUCUGGUCGUGCUAUUGAUGCCCUUGAUACUUUACUAGAUGCAGGUCUUGCAAUGAUUGAUGAUGGCCACAGAGAUGGUAAACGCCGGUACUGGUUCCCCUGUGUAUCAUCCAUCUCAACUUCAGUAGCUGAUACUUGAAUGCUUGAUUUUCAAAUUAACACUGCCUGAUGGCCGCAAUGCAGCCGGCCAGAGAUAAAGGAGGGAAGCUAUAUGUUAUUAUUUACUCUGCAAUACUCAUUGGACGUACUGAAAGUUAGCCUCUUCCCGUGAAACGCAGUUAGAUUG